AUGAUAAAGAAAAGAAGUGUUGGAGACGAAAGUAUAAAAUCUUGUCUUUGAAGAGCGCAGAAAACAGAAUGUGAUGAUGGCUCAGUAUCGGCCAUCGGGCACGGAGAGGCUCGCCGUUCGUGUCCACAACGACCCCGUCGACCGGAUCCCCCUACGCCCCGCCCGGAUCCGCCGCCUGGGCAAGGCCCACCGACGCCCCUCUGCCGCUGUCCUCGCCGUGGCCCUCGCAGUCGUCCUCCUCGUCACCUUUGCCACCUCCGGUCGACUCUCCUCCUCUCGCAAGGAUGUUCGAAGAGAUUUGACCAAGGAUGGCGACGAGAAUGACGAAUUGGAGUUCCAUCCGCGGGUGAAUCGGUCGGCGCACUCGACGGAGCUCAAGUUCGGGCGCGGCUCGGGCAAGAUCGGCCGCGAUUCGAGGUCCUGGGAUGGGGAUGAUAGGAGGAGGGACAACGAUUUCAACAAGGAGGGUUUGUCGAAGGAGCAACACGGCGUGGAAAAAAAAGGGUUCUCGGAGAGUGGAACGAGCGGAAAAGAGCAGGUGUCCAUGAAAGAUCGCCUGGAUAAAGUUGAGGAGAAGGGAGGUGGGAAGACCGAGGAUAAAUUGUCCAAUGAGGGUGGGCGGGCGGAGCUGGAUUCUCAUGAAGAGAAAAACGAGGUUUCCGUAGAAGAUGAUGAGGAGCUGAAGCAGGAUACUGAGGUCAAGGAGGAUGAUCUUGAUGACGAGUACAAUGAUGCCACUGAUAUGCAGGACACGCAUAAUGAAAUCGAUAAUGCUGAUAGGAUACGGGAACUAGGUGAGGGUGAUGGACGCGAAGUCAAGAAAGAUGCAUCAUUGGGUAUGCGUGAGAAAGAUUCUGGCAAGACACAGGGUGGUGCUGGCGGCAGCUUAAACUCAAAGAAGGGUCAGGCUCGUGUGGGUGGUGAGACAAUGAGACAUUCCAGCUCAGAGAAGAAGUCAGGCUCAAAAAGAAAACCAAAACACCACAAAUUUUCUAGUUCAUCGUGUGAGAUCAAAUUCUUGAACUCUACGGCUCAAAUCGUAGAGCCUUUACAUGGAAAGAAAAUUGCAAGUUUCUCUUUGCAGUAUACACAUAUUGAAAACAGGCCAAAUGGAUUAGAGAACUGGGAGCCGAGGUUUGCUGGUCAUCAGACUUUAGAAGAAAGGGAAGUGUCGUUUAUUGCCCAAGACCAAACAAUAAACUGUGGAUUUGUUAGAGGCCCCACUGGUUCCCCAAGUACUGGAUUUGAUAUUACAGAAGAUGAUGUUAAAUUUAUGAGCAGUUGCCAUGUAGCUGUAUCUUCUUGCAUCUUUGGAAACUCAGAUCGUCUGAGAACACCUUUUAGCAGAACGAUCACACCUUUGUCAAGGAAAAAUGUUUGCUUUGUUAUGUUCAUGGAUGAAAUCACGCUUAAGACUUUGUUGUCAGAAGGACAAAAGAUGGAAAAUGGGGUCAUUGGUCUGUGGAAGAUAGUGGUGGUCAAGAAUUUACCAUAUACAGACAUGCGGAGAGUUGGGAAGAUUCCCAAGUUGUUGACACAUAGGCUCUUCCCUUCUGCCAGGUACUCAAUUUGGCUUGACAGCAAGUUGCGACUUCAGAGUGAUCCUUACCUCAUAUUAGAAUAUUUUCUUUGGCGACGAGGUUAUGAGUAUGCUAUUUCUAAUCACUAUGAUCGGCACUGUGUUUGGGAAGAGGUGCUGCAGAACAAAAAACUGAACAAGUAUAACCACACCGUCAUUGAUCAACAAUUUGAAUUUUACCAGUCUGAUGGAUUGAAGAGAUUUGACCCUUCAGAUCCCAACAAGUUGCUUCCUAGCUAUGUCCCAGAAGGCUCAUUUAUCGUAAGAGCGCAUACUCCGAUGUCCAACUUGUUUUCCUGUAUAUGGUUCAAUGAAGUUGACCGAUUUACUCCCCGAGAUCAGCUGAGUUUUGCAUACACAUAUCUGAAACUUAGAAGGACCAAUCCUGCAAAACCUUUUCACUUAAAUAUGUUCAAGGAUUGUGAGAGGCGUUCUAUGGCAAAGCUUUUUCAUCACAGAGCGGAAGAGAAGAGGAAAAAUCCGACAUAAUCAGCAAGAUAACUGUUUUUCUUGAACAAAGAAGGAAAACAAAUUUGAGGCUGCUCAUACUGCUUUUAUCAUCUCAUUGGUGCAUGACAGAUCAGGCAGUGCAGGAAGAUGGUGUGAUCAUGGAUAUAAAUGACUGCUCCACACGAAGUUUAUGCUCAAGUUCUCCAAGGUCACAGAUGUAUCCAUUUUUCCUUGUACCAUUAUGCAUCGACGACUUCAUUUCUAAUUUGCUGGAGAAGAUUUGAAGCUCCUAAUCAUGUGAUAUGUGUGUUAUAAUUGUCAGUAAUUUUUGGGCCCUAGGGUUUCAUGUGGGCCCAAAUUUUUGUCUGCACAUUGUGGCAGUUUCUGUAUGACCACCCAAUUAAUUUAUUUCCGGGUCACACCAUGCCGCA